AAUUACUGUUUACUGGUACGUGAUUGGUGACGGCAGCUGUAUUUACGGAUGAACUCUUUUUGAUUCAUGGAUGCAGGCCAGUGCAGCAGAUACCGUACACACUGAGAGAUCUUUUGUGUGUGGCGCGCCUGAGGAGUCUAGAGGAUGAAUGCGCUCAUCAGUGCAGCGCUAUGGGUGGUGGGCAAGGCACUGGCUCCCGUUGCCAAUGGCGUGCUGGGGGAUUGGGAUAACAGCAAGAACCUGGGCCUCAACGUUGAGGCCCUGGGAACAGAACUGCUACUCGUGAAGGCCACGCUCGAAACCGCCAGCCGCAAGCACAUCGGCGGCCAGGCCAUGGAGGAGUUGCUAUGGAAGCUGCGGGACUCGGCGAGCUGUGCCGAGGACUUGUUGGACGAGCUGGACUACUUCCGCAUCCACGACGAGCUCCACGACACGUACGACGCUGCAGACCAUCAUGCCAAGGGUGGCAUCCAUGACCUUGCCCUCAAUGCUCGUCACACUGCCAGAGCUGUGCUUGGUUUAUCCUCUGCUGCCGCCCCUGCUGAACCUGGACAAGUACUAGAAGAUGCAAGACAGCGGGUCGGCUGCUGCUAUUGGCCACGUGCUAGGCAGAGGUCACAUGGCAGUUCCUCCUCGGUGCCAAACGCCAAUCAGGCUGAUGAGGAGAAGGUCAGUGGAUGCAUGCCCAAGCUCGGUAAACUUCUCCCUCACUCAUCUUCCCCACAUGUUCAUGAUGAUAAUUCUGGCCAGUCAACUCUUUAUGGUCCGCCCCAGAUUGAGCAUUCGCAAGAAACACCAUUUUUGGGGUUUAAUAGGGUUGACUUCUCUGAAAGAAUGAAGCACAUUGUAGAGCAACUGCAGCCUGUGCGCAGAGAGGUUACCAAGAUUCUGCAGAGUUGUGACCGUAUCACUGUCCCAGAUAUUGCCCAUAAUCGUCCCAUCACCACCGGUCAAAGUAUAGAGCCAAAAUUGUAUGGGAGGGACAAUAUCGUGAAUAGCAUCAUAUAUGAUAUGACCAAGGGUAAAUACCGUAUCAAGGAUCUAACUGUUCUUCCGAUUGUUGGUCCAGGGGGAAUAGGGAAGACAACUCUCAUACAACACAUAUAUCACAACAAAGAAGUGCAAAAUCAUUUUCAGGUAGUGAUUUGGGUAUGUGUAUCCCUCAGUUUCAAUCUGAAUAAGCUGCUUGAAGAUAUUAAAAAAUACCUCCCUCCAGUUGAAGGGGAAAAGGGGUAUAGACCAGAAGAGCUGAUUGAAAAACGAUUAAAAUCCAAAAGGUUCUUGAUUGUAUUGGAUGAUAUGUGGGAGUGCAGUAAUGAGGAUGACUGGGAAAGGUUAUUACUGCCACUCAAAACAUCACAAGAAAAGGGUAGCAUGAUUCUAGUGACAACUCGAUUUCCAGCAAUAGCACAGAUGGUUGGGACAAAUGACCAUUCAAUAGAGUUGGAAGGUUUAGAAUCUAAAUAUUUUAGAGAAUUAUUCCAUGCAUUUGUCUUUGGUGAUGACCAGCGUAGAAGGGAUCACGGUUUUCUUCUUGAGAUUGGAGAUAAGAUAAUGGUAAAACUAAAGGGAUCCCCGCUUGCAGCAAAAACUGUUGGGAGAUUACUGAGAAAGGACCUUAAUUUGCGUCAUUGGAGAAGGAUCCUAGAAAGUAAAGAAUGGGAGACUCAGACCGGUGUCAAUGACAUUAUGCCUGCCUUGAAGCUUAGCUAUGACUAUCUCCCUUUCCAGUUGCAACAAUGUUUUCUCUAUUCAGCACUGUUUCCUGAAGAUUUUAAGUUCAGUGGCGGAUAUCUGAUCAAUUUUUGGAUAGGACUAGAUAUCUUACAACCUGAUGCUCAAAACCGAACAUUUGAAGACAUCGCUUUGAGCAAUUUAAAUGAUUUGGUCGCGCAUGGAUUUUUCAUAGAGGGAAUUUAUGAUUCUCCGUGGUAUGUUAUGCAUGACCUGCUACAUGAUUUAGCAUUGCAAGUUGCAUCCCGUGACUGUAUUAGUUUACAUCGCUCCAAUGCGGGAUCAGUAUACAUUCAGCCAUCCAUCCGUCACUUGUCUAUAAUCAUAGAUGAUGAUGAUGAUGAUACAGUGUCUCGUGAAAACUUUAAUAGCCAAUUAAGAAAGCUGAAGACACGAUUGAAGGUUAAACAAUUGCAUACUUUGAUGUUAUUUGGAGAAAUAGAUGAAAGUUUUGUCAACACUUUGGGUGAUUUGUUUGGGGAAGCAAAGGCUCUUCGCUUUCUCCAUUUGGUUAACAUGCCAUCUUCUGUGGAGUCCGUGUUAAAUAACUUUUCAGAACUUGUCCACCUACGAUACCUAUGUCUGGGGACAAAAUAUGGGAGGGAUAUGCAUUUACCACUUGCCAUUUCUAGAUUUUAUCAUUUGAGGAUUCUGGAUCUAGGACAUUGGUAUGGUUGUUGUGAUUUGCCCAAAGACAUGAGCAACCUUGCAAAAUUGCGUCAUUUUUAUGCCCCAAGUGAUGAGUUGCAUUCUGAUAUGCUUAACGUGGGAAAACUUGUACUCUUAGAAGAGUUAAAGAUAUUUAGAGCCAAUAAAGAAAGUGAAGGAUUUGAACCAAGGCAACUAGAGCAUUUGACCGAACUAAGGGAGCUUGGCAUCUAUAACCUUGAGAAUAUACACACGAGAGAAGAAGCAGCUAAAGUAAAACUGAUAGAGAAAAACUACUUGGAGAGGUUAACAUUAGAUUGGGAUAGUGAGCGGUGUUAUACUGAGCCUGGUGUGGAAGCAGUCGUCCUUGAGAGCCUUCAACCACAUAGAUAUCUUGAAGAGUUGUGCAUUAGAGGGCAUGGAGGUCCUUCUUGUCCAACAUGGCUGGGUGAUAAUCUCACUGUUGAAGCUCUUCAAUCUCUUCAUCUCGUUGGUGUUUCUUGGAAAUGUCUCCCUUCUUUAGGGAAGAUGCACGGUCUUGAUACAUUAAAAUUGUACGAUAUUGCCUUAACGAAGGAGUUUGUGAUAGAGCAAAGCUUUUGCAGGCUAAUAAGGCUUGAACUUGUUGGCUUGGGAAAUUUCGAAAACUGGGUACCAUCGCAGGAGGCUCAUAUGUUUCCUCUUUUGCAACUACUGAUUAUAAGAGGCUGCCCUAAACUCUUGGGGCUGCCACUUUCAAACCACAUUGUUUCCCCUAAACCAGAUCAAGACGGGACCAUUGAUUGGUUUCCUAAACUGCAAAAUCUUAUCAUAAAAAAAUGUCCAGAAUUCUUAGCGCCUUAUAUCCCCUGGACCAAAACUCUGCGUUCUGUUAAGCUUGGAGGUGUAAAGCUACUAGAAAAGUUUCAGUACUCCUCAGAAUCAUCCGAUGUGUCUAUUAUUGGGAAGGAUGAUCUGCAGAGCUUAGAUCAGGUGUUAGCAUUCAAUAACUUGACAGGUCUUGAGCAGCUGACACUCCGGGAGUGCCCACCUCUGGAGUCGAAGCACCUUCGGAUGCUAACCUCUCUGAAGAAACUGGAUGCAGACAGUUUAUAUGGUCUAGUUGGGCCAUUAGGUGAGGGUGAUGUUGAAUGGCAACUGCCUGUUGAGUGUCUUGUGGUCCGAGAAUAUCGUGGUGCUAGUGGGAAGGAAUUGACAGAGCUUCUCACCCACCUCCCAAGACUCUCCAUAUUGGGGAUCAGCAGCUGUACAAAGAUAACACAGCUGGCAGUGGGGGUGGAUGUGCAGCAACACACAACGUCAGCAGCAGCAUCAGAGGUCAAAGAAGGAGGCAGGACAAUGCCAGCAACAUCAGAGGUGGAAGAAGAUGGGCUGCUGCUCUUACCGGCCCAUCUCUCUGACUCGCUGCGGGAGUUGUACAUCGACGGAUGCCGAGAGCUGGUUCUGGUGGACCCUUCAACUUCUCUUCCUGCCAGAGGAGGAGGACAAAGAGGGCUCCAAACCCUGCGAUCCCUCCAGAGCUUACAUGUUAUUUACUCCCCCAAGUUUCUAUCUGCCAUCAGCUUGUUUUCCUGCUGCCUUUUCCCAUCUUCUCUGCAAAACCUCAGUCUUAAUGGUGUGGAAGGCAUGGGGAUGCUGGAUCCCCUCUCGAACCUCACCUCCCUCACCCAAUUAGAAUUGUGGUGUUGCGGAAAUGAUCUAAGAUGCAAUGGCAUGGAGCCUCUCCUUGUCGCCGGGGGGCAGCUCAGAGAAUUAUACGUCUGUGGCAGCCCUAGAUUCUUUGAUGGAUGGGAUGCCAAUCCCAGGCAGCUGCUGCUGCAGGAUGAUGGAGGAGAAGAGCAGCUUGUUCCACCCCCUGCAGUUUGUUCUUCCAAACUGCAAAUGCUCAGUACAGAUGACGCCAUGGGACUCCUUGCAGUGCCCACCUGCAGCUUCCUGUCUCCCUCCCUCACCUACCUGUCCCUUUAUGGGAACGGAGAGAUGGAGCGUUUCACCGAGGAGCAAGAGGACGCCCUUCACCUCCUUGCCUCCCUCCAGCAACUCAAGUUCAAUUAUUUCGGCAAGCUUCAGCACCUCCCUGGAGGGCUGCACAAGCUGACCAACCUCAAGCGGUUAGAGGUCGAUUCAUGUCCAGCCAUCCGGUCACUGCCCAAGGAUGUCCUCCCCAAAUCACUGCAAGAAUUAGAUGUCUGCGCCUGUGACAACGAGGAUCUAAUACAGCAGUGCAGAGGCUUAGUGGGAACCAUCCCAGAAAUCAUACUAUGACUGAUCCAAGGCCUCUGCCUUGGAGGGGUUUCGCUUGUACAUUCUUCUAGCCUUUUACAACUCAAUUCUCAUCACACAUGCACAUUUGCUGCCAUAUGCAUGACAUGCGGGUGUUGUGGCCACCCCUUCCUUCCUGUACAUAAAUCUGGUGUUCUUAUGUUUGUUCUCAAAGGUUUCUACGUACUUUGCAUUUAAAUUUGGGUUUUCAAUACUUCUCAAAGACUCGGUGGUGGUUUACUUGGAUAGUUCAAGUGUGAGAAUCAAAAUACCACUUGGGCAUAAUUCAGGAAUGAAUUAGACUAUGGUGCUACACUAGUGACAUUAUGGUCAUCUUGUUACUUUCUGUACAUAAAUCUGGUGUUCUUAUGUUCGUUCUCUUAGGCUUCUCCAUACUUUGCAUUUAAAUUUCGGUGGCUGUCACUCAUCCAGACUUGGUUGUGUACAUGAUUAAUUCGAGUAUUAACUAUUAAGAUCAAAAUAUCACACGGAAUGGUUGUGGAAUAAAUCAAACUCCCGUGUUCUGCUACUGAUUUUAAGGUGUCUGUCGUGUUUACAUCACUCAAUUGUGCAUCUGGAAGCUCAGGUUUGAGGAUCAGAAGAUCAUCGUGGAUAACUAUUGGAAAGACCUUCCUUCACGUACAGAACUCUGCUUUGUCGGCUGCUGUCGUAGCGCAGGAACAUUCGAAAUUGAGGAGAUGGGGGUGCUGCGGAAGAGGAGGAAUGCACCAGGGGUGCAGGAGGACGAUGAAGGCGGCGACCGACCGUGAGACCUCUGGUAUCGUUUGUGUUCAGGUUAUCAUCAGGAGCUACCCGUUUACUGCAGUCUGGCAUUUUUUUCCUUCUUAUUUUGAAGGUGUAAACAAACAACAAGAGAGACAAUACAGUAUGUCUCCACUUGUAUCUCCACACUGAAACCAGCACUUGUUUUGUCCAAAUUGUUGGCUCUCUGGUUUUGUACGCUAUCAAUGGUUGAUAGAGGUGGCAAAAAAAUGGUUCAUUUUUC